GGCAUGUUGUACCAAUAUCUUGAUUAAGAUCUUAAGAGAUUAAAUCUCGCUCUCAAGAUCUUGAAAUUUUUGUUGAUAAGAUCUUAGCCAAGAUCUGAUUUCUUGUUGUUUCUUGAUGAAAAUCUUGUGACAGUUAUUUUCUUUACAAUGGAUCGACAGACAUAUUGUUAGGCAGAGUUUAAGUGUAAAAAUCUGAUAUUACGAUUUUCAAUGAUACACCUUUAGAAAAUUAUAAGGAUACUUCCGCACAGUCUAAACAUGACUGAAAGUCGAGAACAUCUACCCAUAUUCAUACGAUAAUGCUUGUAAAACUAUAUAAUGGCCUCUAGUCGUCCUUUGAAAAAGUUAGUUCGAACAUAAUUUUUCCGCCGUAUACUUUUCUAAUUUAUUGAGUACAUAUAAGUUGCAUGUAUCCUGACUGUUAAAUUUUUUUGUCUCAAGACCCAGACGGGUUUUUGUUAAGGAUUUUAGACGAUGCUCUCUCAAACGGUCUCUUCACAAAAAAAACUUUUUUUUUCUCUAACUACUAUUUCUUGCACUACGUUUUCACACUGCUUAAUUUGCACUAAAAACAGUUUUGAGUAAAAGAACCUUUUAAGGGCGGUAAGUGGCGGAGAAAUGUCAGAACUACAUUUUGAAAAGAAAUUUCAUCUUAUAUCUUACUUCGUUAAUUUUAAAUUAAAUUUUAAAAAAGCUUUUCAGUUCUACAUUUGAAAGUAUUAUUUUAUAAGAUGCACGGAAAUCAAAGUUGCAGUGAAAUUUUUUUCUUGCUUAUCAUACACCAUUCGAUAGAAAAUUUCAAGGCGGUCACGAAUAUGUGUGCCUUGAGUUUUCUCAACCCUUUUUUCCGGUUGAAAAUUUGAAAAAACUCGGAAGGUGUCGAAAACAGCCAAUUUGGCAACUUUUCUUAGAUUCCUCUUUUUUUUAAAUAUGUUACGAGAUGAAAUCUUCUAAGUUAAAAGUUUCUAAGGUAUGAUUCAUACCUUAGAAAUAGUAGCAUGUGAUACAGGAACGGUUCCUGUAUUGCACGAUGCCAAAAUACAAUCAAGAGUAAAUCCAGGUAAAAAGCAAUCCAAUUAGUUACAAGUAAAAUACUUUGGUACUUGUCCGAUUAUUAAGACUACGCUAUUCACUGUUUCGAACCUUUUCUUUUUAUUUGUAGGACAACUGACUUCAAGUGGUUAUUAAUAAUAAACAAACUUCUGUCAUGCAUGUCAGCAAUUUAGCUUUAACGUUACCGAGUUGCACAACUCCAACUGAAGCGGCUCAGAAACGAUUAAUAACAGUAUCUAGCAAUUCAGAUGAAAUUAAGUCAAGGGAAGCGAAGUGCAUCUUACAAUGAGAAUGCUAUCAUCACGCAAUGUUCUCAUAAACAUUUGACUCUUGCCUUUUUUUAGCUUAAUUUUCCAGUCAUCAGUCUCCAAGAUCAAACCUUGACCAAGCAAGAACCCCUUGGUAUGCCUCGUAUGAGCCACAUCAAGAAUAUUUGUAUUAUUAAACCUGUUACUGCUUCUUCAGUAUCCGUCCAAUUAUUAAACGGUCAAACUGGUUCAAUACCACAAACCGAUCAAGUUAUUCAAAAAACGAAAAUUGAAGGCACACCGCCUCUGAUUGACUCACGAACUGUUUUUCAGUUAUAA